AUGGAUCUGUUGGCUCUUAUCUAUGGUUACCCUGCUGGCCUGUCCUCUCUGGUGCUCUUUGUGAGUAACGUUGGAGUAAUCAACCAUACUGUGUUCAGUAGUAACAACCUGGCCUCAGUCACCCGCCUCACAAUCAACAACGCUGGUAUUACCUGCAUCGCAUCCAGAGCUCUCCGGUUCUUCAACAACCUCAAGACCCUCAGCCUGGACCUCAACAACAUCUCCCAUCUCAGCUCAGCCUGGUUCAGCCAACCAGCCAUCCUCCAAAACCUCACCCUAAUUCAGAACCAUAUUGAAGUUGUAGAGGACUCCAUGCUUAGUAGUUUCAGAGGACUCACUGGCCUAACUAGCCUAAACUUGGCCAGGAAUAGGAUCCAGACCAUCAGUCCUGGCUGUUUUAGCGCCCUGAACAGCCUGGCCUACUUGGAUCUGUCUGGUAACAGACUGACCAGGGUUAGCCCCCAGGACCUGCUCCCACUCUCCCCCUCCACACAGAUCAGGCUGGAUGGCAACCCCUGGAACUGCUCCUGUGGAGUGGAGGACUUUGUCGUCUUCCUAAGAGGUCUGCAGAAUGCAUCUCUGCUGGAGAGAGAGAUGGAGGUGAUUUGUACCAGCCCUGCAGCCCUGAGAGGCCAGCCUGUGUGGAACGUAUCUGAGUGUGUGAAACCUAACCCACAGCCACAGGAGGAUACUCACAUACGGCCCCCAGCCAUGUCCAUCACGGUCUCCACACUCAUAGCAGUGAUAGUGGUGCUGUGUAUCCUGAUCUGUGUGGUCUGUGCCCUGGCUGUAGUCUGGAGGAGGAAACGUGAGACCAAACAGGUGAAGCCCAGUCUGGAGACAAAAGAGGAGGAGGCCGCAAAGCAGCCAGACAGUUCAACCACCACCCUCCACAAACAGGUGGAUUCUGCAAUGUCUAAAUGGGAUCCAGAGCUUGCUACGAGGACUUACAGAUCUGGAGUCAGAGCCAAGUCUGCUGAUGCGGUCCUCUCCACAUCCCAGUUCUGUAGAGCAGAGAGAGAACUACACAGGGUGGUGCUGGAGACUGAGAGAGAACUACACAGGAUGGGGAGUGCGAGAGAGAGCCCGUUAGAAGAUAUGAGGAACUCAGAGGAAGAGAACAGCAAAGAGCCAGGAGGUAAUGAGUCCCAGGGGGUAGAUAGAAACCUGACAGGAAAAGAUGAUCUUACCAGUGAAGUGAGUCAGGAAAAUGACAGAGAUGAGAGAGAUGCUGACGGAACUGUGAAUCUGCAAGAUGGCGGCCAAAACAUAAUCUGUGUAUCCCAGGAUUCGGAGACCAUACCGUACCUGACCAUCGGUGCUGACCCGGCCAAACCAAAACCUGAAUGCCACAAAGGUCUAAGUCCACAGAAAGUCAUGACAAGGAUUUCCACGUGGCCCCCCACCUCAGCUCAGUGGCAGAUCCACUUUGCCAUACAGAGAGAGGGGCUCUGUGUCUUCCCUGAGCAUGACCCUGGCCAAGAGGUCGAAGGAGAAACAGAGAACCAAUCACCUGACCCUGGUGAAACAGAGAACCAAUCACCUGACCAAGAGGUCGAACAGAUCCAAUCACCCAACCCUGGUGAAACAGAGAACCAAUCACCUGACCCUGAGCAAGAGUUUAAAGAUGACACAGAUAAUCUUUCAGCUGAUGUUUCUGUCAGUGUUCUGGAAUCUUCCCCUUCAACCAUUGCUCUGGAGUCUUCACCCCCAGAAGGGGACAUGGGUGAGGACAAUGCUGAGGAGAACUGCAGCACGCCACCAGACUUUGUGACAUCCUCUCCAGAGUAUGAUCCAGUCUCACUGGAUGAUGCUGAACCAGAACCUCUCAUUGAGGCAAGUGAGACCCUGUCAGACCUGGUCGACACUACCCUGUCCCUGUCUCGUAAUGUCCUGACCCAGACUGAGACCAAACAUGGUCAAGAAAAUCCUGAAGAAUUGGAUAACAAACCUGCACACGUUAUAAACAGGGCUAUAGAGAGUGAAGGUAAAUCAAACAGAAAGGGGGCGCCAAAGAGAGCACAGAGAGCGGGCAGGAGCAGAGAGAGUACAGAGUGUAGUGGAGCUCCCCCUAGUGGUGUCUCCCCCAGUGAUGACAACCUUCUACUGGAUAAUGAAUACACCUAUAUUGACCUGCUGCACGAGGUGGUUCAGAACCAGGGCCGAUGGACCAGAGAGAGGUGGAAACAGACUCACCUCAACAAAGCAGCAAGCAAGAGAAGCAAGCACCAGGGACAGGGACAUUAAACUACAGACUGUGGCUUUUAUAAUGAUUUUAUAGUUCAAUGUAGUCUUUUUAUAUGAUCUGGUGUUGUCUUAUGUUUUUACUUGUCCUAUCUAUUGGUGUAUGAAAUAGUCUGUAGUGUGUUGUGUAGUGUUUUGAAAAGUGCUAUACAUAUAAAAUGUAUUAUCAUUAUUAGCUAAUGUGUUUUUCCCCUUUCCUGUGGUGACAAAGGGUGAGCAACCCCACCAUUAGAAGUGUUUGA